AUGUCUCAGGAUCGCGCGGCCCCAGCGAGCGAGUUUUCCCUGGAAGAAUUAAGUAGCUGGCCGGAGGAACUAUGCCGCCGGGAACUGUCGUCCGUCCUGCCUCGGCUCCUCUCUAUGUAUCAACAUUCUGACAGUUGGAUCGAGCAUAUUCAACUUCUGAAAAUUAUCGUAGAAAUGUUUCUGCCUCACAUGAACUACCUGACUUUGGAAAAGACUUUGUUUUCUCAACUGUUACCAAAGACUGUGAAAUUAUUUGAUGACAUGAUGUAUGAAUUAACCAGUCAAGCAAGAGAACUAUCAAGCCAAAAUUUAGAAAUCCAGAGCACUCUAAGGAAUAUUUUACAAACAAUGGUUCAAGUUUUAGGAGCUCUCACAGGAUGUGUGCAGCAUGUCUGUGCCACACAGGAGUCCAUUGUUCUAGAAAAUAUUCAUAGUCUCCCCUCCUCAGUCCUUCAUGUAAUCAAAAGUACAUUUGUUCAUUGUAAGAAUAGUGAAUCUGUAUAUUCUGGGUGUUUACACCUCGUGUCAGACCUUCUCCAAGCUCUUUUCAAGGAGGCCUAUUCUCUUCAAAAGCAACUGAUGGAACUUCUGGAUAUGGUUUGCAUGGAUCCUUUAGAAGAUGACAGUGAUGAUAUUUUGAAUAUGGUAAUGGUUAUUCAUUCAUUAUUGGAUAUCUGCUUGGUUAUUUCCAGUAUAGACAGUGCAUUUCAUGCCAAUACUUGGAAGUUUAUAAUUAAGCAGAGCCUUAAGCACCAGUCAGUUAUAAAACACCAGUUGAAACACAAAGAUAUAAUCACUAGUUUGUGUGAAGACAUUCUCUUCUCCUUCCAUUCUUGCUUGCAGUUAGCAGAGCAGAUGACACAGUCGGACACACAGGAUAAUGCUGACUACAGAUUAUUUCAUAAAACACUCAAAUUAUGUCGUUUCUUUGCCAACUCCCUAUUGCACUACACUAAGGAAUUUCUUCCUUUCCUCUCUGAUUGUUGCUGUACAUUGCACCAGCUUUAUCUUCAGAUACACAGCAAGUUUCCUCCAAGCCUGUAUGCUACCGUGAUUUCCAAAGCAUGGCAGGAGGAUAUAGCAGGCAAUUUCCUAGUGACACUGGAUCCACUCAUCACUCAGCUUCUCACAUGCCAUCCUUUUAUGCAAGUAGUUUUAGACAGCAAAUUGGAUCUGCCAUGUGAACUCCAGUUCCCACAGUGUCUUCUUCUGGUUGUCAUCCUGGCUAAGCUGCCUUCCCAGUCUGAGGACCUGCAGAUGCUGUGGUGCACAGAAAGUCAGAUCUCAGAAGCUAUAAACAGGAUAUCUCUACUCAAAGCUAUUUUCUACAGUUUUGAACAGUGUUCUGGUGAACUAUCUCUACCUGUUUGUUUGUUGGGAGUAAAGGGUAAAGGACAAGCUCAGGUUGCUGUCACUUUGUAUCAGCAUGUUUGUGUUCAUCUGUGUACAUUUAUUGCUUCCUGUCAUCCAGCACUCUUUCCUGAACUGGAUGUUGCACUGUUGAAUGCUGUGCUUAGUGCUAAAAUGAUCACCUCUUUGUUAGCCAUGGAUGCCUGGUGCUUCCUUGCUCGCUAUGGCACUGCUGAACUCUCUGCACAUCAUGUUACCAUAGUGGCUCAUUUGAUGGAAUUUAUCCAGAAAUUUUCCCCAAAAGCAGCAGAAAACUUGUCUCUGUGGCAGCAUAUUUCCUUCCAGGCUUUAUCUGCUGACCUUAGGAAACAAACUGCAGAUGAGGUCACCAGGAUAGGUACUGCUCAGUGCAGGGAAUGGCUGAGCAGCAGUCGCACUUUGGGAGAACUUGAGUCUCUGAACACAGCACUCUCUGUUUUGCUUACUGUAUGUAAUUCUGCUGGUGAAGCUUUGGAUAUUGGACAGCAAAAUGCAAUUAUUGAAGUAGGGAGCCAGCUUUGGACUUACUUAAACAUUAAACAGGUAACAAGUCAGCCUUAUGUUCAACAAACACUCAACCUUUUACUUCCAUUAUUGGGAUUUUUCAUUCAGAGUCUAGAUCUUCAGCUGAUAAGUCAGAUGGUAACUUUUCAGACUUCACUCCUGAAAUUAGAGCCUCCUGACCAUGGCCGUUUGGUGGUGCUGGAUUUUGUAUCUUCUCUAGGGAAACUUUUUAUACCUCAAGCUAUCCAGGACAAAAUUCUGCCCAACUUGUCUUGUAUUUUUGCUUUACUGCUAGCUGACAGGAACUGGCUGGUAGAACAGCAUACCUUGGAGGCAUUUACUCAGUUUGCUGAGGGAACAAAUCAUGAAGAGAUAGUUCCACAGUGCCUCCAUUCAGAAGAAACUAAGAACAAAGUUGUAUCUUUUCUGGAAAAGACUGGGAUUGUCGAUGAAACUGAAGCUUCCAGAGUGGAACGUGUGAAACAGGAGAGAGUUAUUUUUGGGGAGUCCUUCGUGAAAGUGACAGAAGCAGCAAGGGCAUCAUCUUUACAGCCUUGUGCAAAAAGAGCUCGUCAUGAGUUCCCCUUAGAAGAAGAGUACAGGUCAGCAUUACAUACAGCAACUGGGGCCUUGGAGGCAAUAGAGUUGUUGCUCCAGAAGUCCCCAGCUCCAGACUGGCUGCUAAAGAAAAUAGAAGUGCUCCAGGGAAAGAUCGAUAAGCUAAAACACUGCUCACUCAAGGGUGAAACGUGA